CGCGGCCCGCCGCUUCGUCUGCCUGCUCGCUUGGCCGCCGGAGAAGGUAGGGAGGGAGCCUCGACGGGGACCCCGUGCGCAGAAACUAGUGCGACGCCUUGACGAGCGCAACCCUCUUUGCGCCCAGGAAGGCGAGAGUGUCUCUGGGCGCAUGCAGAGCGCCUGCAAGUAUGAAUGCUUGAGGCGUCUGCAGUCCCAGUCAUGAGUUUCCUUGCACCUGUCAGGAAGGAUCGGGUCAUUGCUGAGCUGCCCCUGUGUUUCACCAAAGAGGCAGCACUGAAUACCAGGACCUCCUUCCACUCCAAAGUAGUUGGAAUGUGUCAGGCCCAGCGCACUGGCACUGUGGGGUUUAAAAUAUCCAAGAUCAUCGUGGUGGGCGACCUCUCGGUGGGCAAAACCUGUCUGAUCAACAGAUUUUGCAAAGACACCUUUGACAAAAACUACAAAGCCACCAUUGGAGUGGACUUUGAGAUGGAGCGCUUCGAGGUCUUGGGGGUUCCGUUCAGCCUGCAGCUGUGGGAUACGGCCGGCCAGGAGCGCUUCAAGUGCAUUGCGUCCACCUACUACCGAGGAGCACAAGCCAUCAUUCUUGUAUUUGACGUGAACGAUGUGACAUCUCUCGACCACACCAGGCAGUGGCUGACCGAUGCCUUGAAAGAGAACGACCCUUCCAGCGCCAUCCUCUUCUUAGUGGGCACCAAGAAGGAUCUCAGUUCACCUGCACAGUACAGGUUCAUGGAGAGGGAUGCCCUCAAGGUGGCAAAAGAGAUGCAGGCAGAAUACUGGGCUGUAUCAUCACUCACAGGGGAGAACGUGCGGGAAUUCUUCUUCCGAGUGGCAGCGCAGACCUUUGAGGGCAGCGUCCUGGCAGAGCUGGAGAAGAGUAGCGCUCGCCGGAUUGGCGACAUUGUGCGGAUUGCUAGCGACGAACGGGACUUGUACCUGACCGAGAAGAGACGCCAUGCCAAAUGCUGCCAGUGAUGUCACCCGCCUGGACCCCGCCCCAUUGCCCACCUCGUCUUCGCACUGAACUCGUUUUGAUACCAAAGGACAGCGACUCCCCCCACUCCCUCACCCGAGCUGGGCAUUUCUGUGGCUUAUGACCUGGAGACGAGUGAGGGACCCCCUCCUAUAGGAGACGCCCCUCCUGGCCUCCAUUUUCCUCUUGGGCCACAGCCAACGCUUUCGGACCUCGUUGCAUGUUGCUCCUUCCCUGGUUCCAGCAGCGCUGCCCUGACCAGCUUCUGCCUGUGCCUGUUUGCAGGCUAGGGAUUUUGCCAGAAUCGGCCUGCCUGACCCCUUGGCCUGUAUUCCUGCCCGUUGGUAACCUCGGCUCUUGACCCAGUCUCAGGCCUUCGCCUUCCAGAUGUGCAGGGCGGGGCCAUAGCCGGGAUGUCAUAUUUGGUGAGGCCCACAGCAGGAUUUGUUGUUCGGGAGGGCUGGAGGGCCACCCAGUUUGGCAGCCCAGGGGUCUUGGCUUUGUAAGCUGCCUUCAGUCCCACAAGCUGACCUCCCUUUGUGCCUGGGCAGUCACAGCAGCUCUGCUCCCCACACCCCUUUCUUCUGUGCCCUCCCUCUCGGAGAGACAAGAGACCUCUUGACUCUUCUCCCCCUUUCCUCUGCGAGGUGUGUUAGGGAAGGGGAGAGAAAAAAGCGAAAAGACCAGCAGCAACGCUACUACUUGUUCAGAGUGGCGGUGAGCAAAGGGGACAGAUUUGGGACCCUCCAAUGGAGGGGCUAUAUAGUUGGAAGGGGGGGCGGGUUGAAAGGAUGGGCCUGGUCCAGGGACAGGAACAUCCCACCUGCUGGGUCACAAAGACAAGGGAUCCCAAGAGCUCCCAUCGGCUCCAGCGUGUCAGCUGCCGCAGGGACUCUGUGUGGUUGGGCCAGAGUUUUCCAGCUGUGGUCUCCAGGAGGGGUUGCUGGUCUUGGCUCUGGCCGUCUCCCCCAAAAGAACACUGAGUGGCCCAUGCUGUCGGGGCUUUGCUCCUUCCCCCACCCAGGGCAGCAGCGACAGGAGACCCGCGGCAUCUCCAGCCCUCUGACCUUCCCAUUCCGGCGACAUCAGAGAACAAAUAUCAAACCACCUCCAGCACUUUAUACAUUCCUAAUGGUGGCAAUAAUCACAAGAACAAAGAUUCA